CCAGCAGCGCACCUCAGCAACACACGCAAGGCCGACUUGACGCCGGGAACGAGCGACAAUUCUCUCACUCUGUCUCUGUCCUUCUGUCUCUUCGCGCUUUCUUCAAAGACAUACACAAUGGCCAACUCUCCCCACGGCGGUGUCCUCAAGGACCUUUUCGCGCGCGAUGCGCCCCGCCAGUCUGAGCUGUUAGCCGAGGCCGACAAGCUCCCUUCUCUCCUGUUGACCGAGCGUCACCUCUGCGAUCUUGAGCUGAUCCUCAACGGUGGCUUCUCUCCUCUCGAAGGUUUCAUGACCGAGAAGGACUACAAUGGAGUCGUCAAGGACAACCGUCUCGCCGAUGGCGCUCUCUUCUCCAUGCCCAUCACCCUCGAUGUCUCCCAGCAGCAGAUCGACACCCUCUCCAUCAAGCCCGGUGCGCGCAUCACCCUCCGCGACCUUAGAGACGACCGUAACCUUGCCAUCCUUACCGUUGAGGAUGUCUACAAGCCCGACAGAGUCAAGGAGGCCAUUGAGGUCUUUGGCAGCGACGACGACACGCACCCCGGUGUGAAGCACCUCUUCAACAAUACCAACGACUUUUACGUUGGCGGUAAGCUCGAGGCUAUCCAGCGUCUUGCUCACUACGACUUCCUCGACCUCAGAUUCACUCCCGCCGAGUUGAGACAGCACUUUGAGAAGCUCGGCUGGAACAAGGUCGUCGCUUUCCAGACUCGCAACCCCAUGCACCGCGCCCACAGAGAGCUCACUGUCCGCGCCGCCCGCUCCCAACAAGCCAACGUCCUUAUCCACCCCGUCGUCGGCAUGACCAAGCCCGGUGACAUUGACCACUUCACCCGUGUCCGCGUCUACAAGGCCCUCCUCCCCAGAUACCCCAACGGCAUGGCCGCCCUGGCCCUGCUACCCCUGGCCAUGCGCAUGGGCGGUCCCCGCGAGGCCAUCUGGCACGCCAUCAUCCGCAAGAAUCACGGCGCCACGCACUUCAUUGUCGGCCGUGACCACGCCGGCCCCGGCAAGAACAAGAACGGCAAGGACCACUACGGCCCGUACGACGCCCAGGUCGCCGUCCAGAAGUACUCUGACGAGCUCGGCAUCACCAUGGUCGAGUUCCAGGAGAUGAUUUACAUCCCCGACCGCGACGAGUACCAGCCCGCCAACGAGAUCGCUCCUGGCACUCACACCGCCAACAUCUCUGGUACUGAGCUCCGCAACCGCCUCAAGACCGGCAAGGAGAUUCCCGCGUGGUUCUCCUACCCCGAGGUCGUCAAGGUCCUGCGCGAGCAGAACCCCCUCCCCGCCCAAAAGGGCUUCACCAUCUUCCUCACCGGCCUGCUCAACAGCGGAAAGGACCAGAUCGCAAAGGCCCUUCAAGUCACGCUUAACCAGGGCGGCGGCCGCUCCGUCUCCCUCCUCCUCGGCGAGACUGUCCGCCACGAGCUCUCCUCCGAGCUCGGCUUCAGCCGCGAGGACCGCGACAAGAACGUUGGCCGCAUCGCCUUCGUCGCCUCCGAGCUCACCCGCGCCGGCGCCGCCGUCAUUGCUGCGCCCAUUGCGCCAUUCGACGAGGCCCGCCAGAAGGCGCGCGAGCUGGUCGAGAAGGCCGGCCCCUUCUUCCUCGUGCACGUCGCCACCCCGCUCGAGUACGCCGAGAAGACGGACAAGCGCGGCAUCUACCAGAAGGCGCGCAACGGCGACAUCAAGGGCUUCACCGGUGUCGACGACCCGUACGAGGCGCCCGCCAAGGCCGACCUCGUCGUCAACCUCGAGCAGCAGACGGUCCGCUCAAUUGUUCACCAGAUUGUCCUGCUCCUCGAGAGCCAGGGUCUCCUGGACCGUUUGUAA